GACCUAUGUCCGGGAUGGUACCUGGUCAGAAAGAGAGCGCUAGCGCGAAGUUCAAUCCGCUAUCACGAUGCUCGGAUGACGCUCUUUACAUCAAUAUUGCUACUAGCUCUAGCAGGGCUGCUGCUGGCAACAUGAACAGCGGUUGUUCAUCCAGUACAUCUCAAUUUCUGUCAGGAGUCUACGACGAGCCGAAUCAGCUGGCUCCGGGAGCGUUUGCGCCCAG